UUUGUUUUUCAAAAACCCGUGCAGAAAGAAGAAGAGAAGGAGUAAAAGGAACAUUUGGAAUUGAGAUAAAGCAGGGGCUGGCAAAUCGUGUUACUUUCAUUAAAAUAAACACUGACUUAAAUCUAAUCGACCAGUUUGAUUUAACUAAAUUACAUUACAACAACUUGUAUCUGUGGAAUCUUUGUGUUGGUCACGACAACUGUCAGCCCCUGCUUUUGCGGGUCUUGGACCCAACUCUGAGGAGUUUAGACCUUCUCCCCAUGCAGACGGACAGAAGCAGACAACAAGUUCCACAAGUGCCUGAGAGUGAAGAGAUGUCUUCAUCCCCUCCCACCGAGCCAGAACCCUCCUCACCCCAAAGGGAAGAAGACCAGCAUCUGGAAGAUCAUCACGGUGCCAUUGAUUCUAAUUCAAUGACAUCAACAACAGCAAAUAUCAGUCAAAGUCCAAUUCAACUAUAUAGUAUAUAUUUACUAAAUGUGUUGGCUGCUAAUCUUAUACCAAAUGACAGCCUCUUUAACUUCAGCAAUUUAAAUAGGAGACAGAUUUCCUUUACACUAGCAUAUAUUAAGCAUUACAUGGAUAAUAUAGAGCAACAAACAAAUGUUCCUGACAAAAAGCUUUAUACAAAAUUCAUGAAGUUUUUUUCAAAGAUACAACCUGGAUUCAGUAUUGAUGCAGCAUUGGACGGUAGGCCUUGGCCAUCUUUCCUAAAACACCGUCUUAAGGACCACCAUAAUCAAUAUGCAUAUGCUGAAGUUUUAAUGAAAAAUGGUGAAAGAAUUCAAACUAAACUUGUUUAUCCAGUUCAUCGUAACAAUUCAGCCUCCUCCACCAAAUUGACCAAACACAGUGAGGAAAUGUUAUUGGAAGUAAUCAAUAGAUUAUUGAAGAAAUAUGGAAUCAAAGUUCGAAACAUUUUUAUAUAUACCUAUUAUAGUCCAUGUUUAAAGAGAGGAAAUACAUAUUGUAACUGUAUGACUCAACUUUAUCAGAAUGCCUAUCAAUGGUACAGGAAAUUUGGCAUUGUGACUGUAGUGUACUUCUCAGAGCCUUGGGGACUAAGGGGACCAGAUAUCUUUAAAGAGUUCUCGUAUUCUGACAUCUCAAGUACAAGCAGUGCUCUUUAUCCAUAUGUUGACCAGAAAAUCCACUUUACACUGGACAUAAAAAAAUUAAAACAAAAAAAUAGGGCUAUAAUCCCUCAAAUCAAAAUGUUUAAAGAUGACAGAGACGUACAAAUAGCCUUUAAGUCUGCUCACAGUGCUCUUUGCGGGUUGGCAAACAGUUCUGAAGGAUUUCUGAAAAGUCAGCAUUUGGAUCGUGGGUCAGAAUGCAUUGACUCACUCAAAUUUCCCCCAGAGUUCCCUGAUACAAUCAUUGCAACUUUGAGAGAAAAUUGGAUUGAAUUGGUUAACUAUUGUUCAAUGUCUCCCAUUAUAAAACAAUUGGCAUCAGACUUCAACAAUGCAGUAGUCAAACUAUUUAUCAGUGAUCUUAGGUCAUUUUUGGGUAACAGCGGCUUCUUCCAGAUAUACCAGGUCCCGCCGGGCGCUGAGGUGGAGGAGGGAGAUUAUGUUUAAUUGAUUAAUACUUCAUUUUGGUCAGAAUUUAUGUGACACAACAUCAAUCAAUCAAUCAAUGUUUAUUUAUAUAGCCCAAUAUCACAAAUGUUACAUUUGUCUCAGUGGACUUCACAGUUUGUACAGAAUAUCAGUAUGACAAUACGACACCCUCUGUCCUUAGACCCUCACAUCGUACAAGGAAAAACUUCCGGAGAAAACCCACAGUUUAAAGGGAAAAAUGGGAGAAACCUCAGGGAGAGCAACAGAGGAGGGAUCCCUCUCCCAGGACGGACAGACGUGCAAUAGAUGCCGUGUGUAAAUUGAAA